AUGCCCCGCUCCCCGGACCGGUCUGAAGACUAUGACGUUCGCCCUUCCAAAAUCAGAUUAAAAACAACAAAAAGCGAGCGCGCCGAAAAGAUCUUUGCCCGCGAAAAACGUCGUUUCGAGAAAGACCAACACCGCAUCUCCCGCGCCAACGGCUACGCCGUCUCCCCACCCCCCUCUUCCUCCUCCCACUACAGAGCCGACUCCAUAUCCCCGCCUCGGAACAAACCCCGCCCCCAAGCAAAGCAUUAUGAAGAAGAAGAAGGACAAGAAGGCGAGUGGCUUGGAGCAAUGGGGAGGAAGGUGAAGGAGGAGAGGUGGAAGAGGGAGAAGGCGGAGUGGGAGGGGAAGAUGAGGUGGAUGGCUGGUGAGGAAGGAGGGGGAGGGGGGUUGGAGGAUUGGGAGGAUUUGGAAGUGCCGAGGUGGGGGCAUGCUGGACGGGCGGCAGAAUCGUUACCUUCGAGAUGGCGGUCUGCGCCAUCACGCCCCUUCUUAUCACCGUCGCUCUUCCCGCCCCCGCCUUCACCAUUCGAGCCCGGAUCCCGCCCGACAAGGCCAAAGAUGCACCACUUCCCCUCCCAACCACCCCCCAUGGGCGCCAUGUCCGAAAACGACUAUGCCGAAUACAUCCGCACGGGCAUGUAUGCCCAGAAACACGCUUCUGCCUUGCUCGAAGCGGACCGGAUAAAGACGGAGAGGAUGGAGAAGGAGGCGAAGAGGGAGAGGGAGAGGGAGAGGAGGGAGAGGGAGGAGGAGAGGUGGAGGAGGAAGCAGGAGAAGGAAGAGUGGGAGAGGUAUAGGCGGAGGGCGAGGGAGAGGGAGGAGGCGGAGGAGGCGUAUAGGCCGGUACCGCCGCCGAGGGAGUCCGCUACACCGCCUUACAGAUCCUCCAAGACGGGCCAGGCGAAGAAGGACGAUCCGGCGAAAUGGACGGCGCGAUGGGACGCUCUCCAAGCAGGCGGCGAGAUCGAGUCCUCCAACCUCUCUUUCAACGACAUUCCCUGGCCCAUCUUCCUUUCCAACCUCCCCUCCACCCAUACACCAGACGACGUACUUUCAGCGCUUUCAUUAGAGAACGUGAAAAAGUAUAUGGUGACGGUAGCGUCGUACAAGGAAAAUACGGGCGGAGAGCCGGGGAAGGUUCGGAGGGUGGUGAGGGAGGCGGUGAGGAGUUUUCAUCCGGAUCGGUUUACGGUGAGGGUGCUUGGUAGGGUGAGGGAAGGGGAUAGGGGGAUGGUGAAGGAGGGGGCGGAUGUGGUUAGUCGGGUGUUGAAUGACCUUGCGAGGCAGUAUAAGUAG